AUGAUACACAAGCAAGGUGCAAUUUGUGUAUCACUGAAGCGACUCAUAGCAGGCAUCAAUCGCCAAACAGGCGUUCAGAUGAAAUCCUUUUAUGAAGUGAAUAUGGGAAGAAUUGAGAAGCUAUGGAAUGAGAUUGAAUCCAUUAAUUUUGAGAUUUGGGAGUACACCAACAAUCCGACUACAGUGGGAUAUAAACUCGAUGAGUAUCUCGAAAUAGAAGAAUUGGUUCAGUCAACUUUAAUUUCGUUAGCUUCAAUGAAAGCAAAUAAUGAACAAUUACAACAAGGGAUCAGUAAACCAGACAGCGCUGGGAUAUCACUGCCUAAGGUAACAAUACCAAAAUUCGAUGGCGAUUAUUUGAAGUGGUGUCAAUUCUAUGAUUUGUUCACCGAAAUGAUUCACAAGCAGCAGCUUUCUAACGCUCAAAAAAUGUGGUAUCUCAAAGGUAGUUUAACAGGAGAAGCAGAAGGUUUAGUCCGACACCUGUCAAUAACCAACGAGAAUUAUCAAACGGCAUGGAAGUUGCUACAAGAACGAUAUCACAACAAAAGAAUUAUUGUAGCAACAAUCAUUCAAAGAAUUCUAAAUCAACCAAUAAUAUCAACCAAUCCUUCAGCGACAGAAAUAAGGACACUCCAUGAUGUUACUUUUGAAGGAUUGCUGGCACUGAAGAAUGUGGGACUCGAAACUGAUUCAUGGUCGCCGUUACUGCUUUAUAGUUUGCUCCUCAAACUAGAUAAGCAGACUCGUAUUUUGUAUGAACAGUCGCUGACUCAUCCAAGAGAGAUUCAGUCGAUCAAGGAGUUCAUGAUUUUCCUGGAAUCACGAUUCCAGUCCUUAGAGGCGAUUGGUCAUAGGGAGAAGCCAUGCUCAGCAAAAACCCUUGCCACAACGAUGGGAAAGGCAAAUAUAUCAACCUGUAAGAUCUGUAAUAAUGGAUCACAUCCGAUAUAUUAUUGCAAAACAUUCUUGCAAUCAACACCACAAGGUCGUAUCAAGACAGUACAAAAACUUAGACUGUGCUUGAACUGCUUACGUACAGGCCAUAGGGCAGCAGAAUGCAAAAGUUCCCGGUGCAACAAGUGCAGCAAGAACCACAAUUCGUUGUUGCACUUAUCAGAGUCUUCCAAGACAACACACAAAUCGAUCAAUGUCAAAUCAGAUUCAUUGGUUGAGAAACCUGGUCAUCAACCUUCUACUGUAAUCACAGCAUUAACACAAAAUAAGGGAUACGUUCUUCUUAGUACAGUUAAUAUGAAAAUAGCUACGUUUGAUGGUGAUUUCAUCGAGUGCAGAGCAAUACUCGAUUCUGGAUCACAAAUAAACUUAAUCACAGAAAAACUGGCAAGAAAAUUAAAAUUGCAGUUACACUCAUCACCGUUAUGGAUAGAAGGAAUUGGUAGAAGCAAAAGGGACACAAAAUACAGUGUGACAACAAAAAUUCAGUCUCGAAUUAAUGAUUUCAAUGUAAAAAUCAACGCAUUCGUGAUGCCUCGAAUUAUCUCAGCCCAACCAACACAGUGUCUGGACACUUCUGGUUGGUCAAUUCCUCAGAAUAUAAAAUUGGCUGAUCCAGACUUCGCGAAUCCAAAUCAAAUUGACUUAUUAAUUGGAGCAGAAUUCUAUCACAGCUUUUUAUCGAUUGGUCAAAUCAAAAUAGGUGAGGGUCUACCUGUACUUCAGAACACGGUUUUCGGAUGGAUAUGCAGUGGCAAAGUUAGCAACGGUAAUCAAAAAUUACUUACCUGUGGCAUGUGCAGCGAAGCUGACGACGAAGCAUUGGAUAAUAUACUUACUAAAUUCUGGCAAUUGGAGGAAAUCAAUCAAACGGAUGACAAAUUCACUGAUGCAGAAAAGAAAUGUGAAAAAUCUUUUGCUCAAAAUACUCACCACAAUUAUGAAGGGCGAUUUGUCGUGAAACUACCAUUUAAGGAGGAUACAACUGUUCUUGGUGAAUCCAUGCAGAUGUCGAUGAAUCGGUUUUUUAGUCUUGAACGUUGGCUGUUGAAGAAUUCUGAACUAAAGAAGAUGUACGUUGACUUCAUGCGAGAGUACGAACAUCUCGGCCACAUGGAAAAAAUCAAUCAGGAUGAUAUAAUGCAUCCACAUUACAUUUUGCCACAUCAUUGUGUAAUCAAGGCAGAUAGUACUACAACAAAGCUUCGAGUGGUGUUUAAUGCAUCUGCAAGAACAUCAACCGGAGUCUCACUCAAUGAUAUCAUGCAUAAUGGUCCAGUCGUGUAG